UUUUUUAUUUUUUUGAGGUGGUUGGGGUGUCAUUCAUUCCCUGUUUGCGACAUUUGUUAAGUGUAGAUGUCCAAAUCAAUUGUGUGCCAACAAUAUUCAGGGCAUAUUAGUAUGUCAUACGCUUAGGAUAAUAUAGUUUUAAAUGCAACCUUCCAAACUAACAAUAUUCUGUCACACUUUUUCUUCAGGACCGUGACGUCACAAUGCCAUGAGACCAUGUGGGAUCAUAACCAAUCCAUAGAGUCUUCAACGCACACCUCUCUCACUAUGGCAUCUACGGACAAAAACACUUCUAUCGCUCCCAUGAUCACAGCAUUCACAUCCGGAAACCAACUCUCCGUAGAGAACUGGCUCGUUCCAGCUAUCUUCUUCUUAAUCACGCUGAUCGGAGUCGUCGGCAACUUCCUCGUCAUCUACGUGAUCAUACGCCAUGGUCAGAUGAAGACAGUGACGAAUUAUUACAUCGUAAAUUUAGCGAUCACUGAUGUAUCUUUUCUGCUCUGCUGUGCACCCUUCACUGCAAUUGUCUAUGCCAUACCGACGUGGAUCUUCGGAAGGUUCAUGUGCAAGUUUGUCUUUUUUAUGAUGCAGGUCACGGCCCAAGCAACAUGCCUGACAUUGACAGCAAUGAGUGUUGAUCGAUACAAAGCGAUAGUACGUCCUCUGCAAUCGUUGAAGACCAGAACGACUCGAGCGGCUGUCAUCAUUAACGUCUGUAUAUGGGCAGGUUCUGCGUGUGCAGCCGUACCUACUGCGAUCUACUUCGACGUGGCACAGUUCGGUGACGCCUUAGUCUGUAUUGACAUAUGGCCCCGCCCUGAAAUCCUUUACCCUGGCUACGCCAUCUAUGGCAUGGUCGCCCUCUACCUCGUGCCUCUCACCAUCAUCUGUGUCUGCUACAGCAUCAUGCUCAGGAAACUAUGGCAACGCGUCUCGCCUGGGGAGCAAACUAACAACGCUCAGGCGUUGAUGGCGCUGCAGCAAAAACGCAAGAUUACUCGGAUGAUCAUGGUGGUCGUGUUACUGUUUGCUCUGUGCUGGCUGCCUCUGUACAUCUUCACCACGUGGUUUCGGUUGGAUCGUAACUUCCCAAAGAACAAUGGCACCUAUUUCUUCAAAGUGUUCGCCCAUAUGCUCUCAUACGCGAACUCGUGCGUGAACCCGUUCGUGUAUGCAUUCUUGGGCGAGAACUUCAGACGAUAUUUCAAGAAGGCGUUCCCUCUGUGUUUCAAGAAGAAGGAUGGAAGCGGAAACUCAACUAGAACCGAGCCGAUACCGACGGCUCAUCAAAGAGUAGCCGACGGGGAAAGGACUCAAAAUAACAGAUCAGCGAUAGUGAGAUAAGAAUUUUAUAAAAGCUUCUCUGUUUAUGAUCUUUAAUAUUAUUUCGAUUAAGUCGUAAAUAUUCCCAUCGUUAUUUUAUCACUAAUCGUGUCUCGUCCGUGAAUAUAAGGUAUCAUAUCGAACUGAAUGCAUGAGCUCACAAGAGUGGGUUAUGAAUCCAUGGUUUAAACUUCGUUAAGCGUAGUAAACGCAUGUGCCCAAGUACAAUGAACGGACAAUAUACACUUCUGAGCGCUUAUGUACACUUACAUAAGAACCAGUUGAAGGUUAAUUCAUGGUUGUUUAGAUGAUGGGUUACAUUCAAACCCCUUUGUGUGAAUUCGAUCCAAUGUUUAACAGUAUUAACAUGGAUGGUUAUUUAAUCAUUUAGAUGUGUAUUGCCACGAUAUGUAGAAUCAAAAUUUCAAACUUUGCUUAGUUGGACUCGGCACCCAGCUUGAAACAUUUGGCACUCUAUCAACUGUUCAGAGUGGACAAUAUUUAAAUGCAUGAAGUUAGUGCAUUUGGUUAGUAAACGCGAGUAUUAUCAAACGCGGUAAAGUACUUACUUAAAUAGCACCUUGAUUGCAUAUUCAUAGAGUCAUUCCCCAAAACAUUGUAUUUUAAUAUAUUUUACGUAUGUAUUUUUGUACAUUUUUUGUUCAUGUAUGAUGCAGAUA